AUGCCUAGAACGUCAGGUUCGAGUGUAUCUAGCUCGAGUGGCCCAAGUCGAGGCCGCGGUCGAGGUCGGGGCCGGGGACGAGGCUCUACCUCCAGGAAGGGACGCACUUCGGCACCUGGAAGCAACUUCAAUCCAUCUUCGAGGCCUGGCUCCUUAGUACGCUCGAGUCCUACCACUCGCGAUUCGAUGGCCAAUGGCUUGGACAUAUCUGGAUCGCCCAUUUCUCGAGAAGAUAACCCACGAAAUAGCAGUGAGCCCGUGCAACAUGAAAUCGUUAUGGCUAUGGACAUGAAAGACAAUGCUACAAUCGGAUGCGCAUACUUUUCCACUACAAACGGAAUCCUUCAGGUGUCAGAGGACAUCUAUAAUUCAGGGGGCAUUAUAUUUCGAGGCUUACAGUCUUCUGAAUUCUCUAUCGAAACAGCACAGGAACGGCUCGCAGGUCUGAACUCUCAAGCCUUGUUACCUACCGGUAUCGUAUUCUCGACAGGUGUGGAUGAUGCAACCAACGAAGAAUCUAUACCAGGGCAUCCACAGCCUGAAUCACAGGCAUUUCGGUCACUUCGCUAUGGAGGUUGCAUCAACAUGAACAGUCCAGUCUCGGUAGGAUGCGUUGGUGCCUUGCUGGGUGACAUUCUUCGUCGGAGAUCUGCUGGGUUUCUUCCAGAUGGGCAAGUAGCCGGUGUUCUAUUUCGAGUCAUAGACAUUCGCAUGUUCUCUCUCUCGUCUUAUAUGUACGUUGGUAGUGAUACUCUCUUAUCACUACAAAUCCUCCAGACUGAACUGCACCCCAACACUCAAGCAUGGGGACCAGAUACAACUCAGGGUAGUCCGAAAGAGAGCCUCUCCGUUUAUGGUCUUUUUCACCACCUGGCUUGCACCCCUCAGGGUCGAGCAAGAUUACGUCAACUAUUUCUCCGGCCCUUGUUGGACAUCGACGUUAUCUCAGAAAGGCAACAAUCAAUUGCAGUAUUACUGCAGCCUGACAAUGCAGACAAACUGCCACAACUAGUUUCAACUCUCCGUAAACUUCGAAACUUACAUGCUACAUUCGCGCAGCUCAGAAAAGGCAUCGAAUUUCCCUCUUCUGGGCAGUCUUCCGACAAGGGCGUAUGGGGGACAAUCCACAAGUUCACGACACAAGCCCUGGCACUCAGAGAACUGAUAGGAUCCCUCAACGGUGGCUCCGAGGCGAUACUCUUCCAAAAAGUGAUAGAGAGUCUCCAGCCAGCCAGCAUGUUAGCUGUCGGAGACAUGGUUAACAAAACAAUUGACUUUGAGCAAUCUAAAGCACGUCACCGGUCAUCUGUAAAGACUGGAAUCGACCCUCAACUAGACGACCUCAAAAGACAGUACGAUGGCAUGGGAAGCUUAUUGACAGAAGUCGUCAACCACAUACAUCGCGAAUUGCCAGAGUGGGUGUGUAAGCACGUCAAGUCUUGCGUGUUCUUGCCUCAAAUCGGGUUUCUCAUAGCAGUGGAACCGAAUCCUGCCACUAGAAACGGUUAUUAUGAGGGAGAAGGUACUCCUGGUGAAAAAUGGGAGAAAAUGUUCACUGCAGACGACAUAGUAUGCUACAAGAACAGUUACAUGCGAGAGUUAGAUGAAGAGUACGGAGACAUGUACUGCCGCAUUGGAGAUCGAGAGGUAGAAAUCAUCCAUCGACUAGCUAGCAAAGUGUUGGAGUGUGAAGAAGUUCUGCUUUUAGCAUCGGACAUGUGCGGCGAGUUUGAUGCGAUACUUGCGCUGGCUCUUGGGGCUGAGAAGUACAACUGGCGUGCACCACAGGUCGUGCAAGCAAGCGUAAUUCAUAUCGAUGAGGGCCGUCAUCCUCUGCAGGAACUUGCUGUGCCAGCUUUUGUUCCCAACUCUUGUCACCUCUUCACAGGGUCUCAAGACACGGUCGAGGUGCAAGAUGACUCAUCUCAAGCAUUGAUACUCACGGGCCCGAACCACUCAGGCAAGAGUGUAUAUCUAAAGCAAACGGCUAUCGUUGUAUAUCUUGCUCAUAUUGGCAGCUUUGUACCAGCUAACCAAGCCGUUAUCGGGCUCACCGACAGUAUUCUCACAUGUAUCUCUCCUAGGGAGAGUAUGUCUGGGGGCGAGAGUGCGUUUGCCAGAGACAUGAAGCAAGCUGCUCUAUCGACAAGAGCCUCCACACCAAAAAGUCUCAUCCUGAUAGACGAAUUCGGCAAGGGAACGAAUGGUGACGACGGUGCUGGAUUACUGGCCGCAUUGCUGGACCACCACCUCUCACUUGGACCUGACUGUCCCCGCCUUCUUGCUGCCACACACUUUCACGAGAUCUUCGAGAAUAGGUAUUUGAACCACCAGAGCGGCCUCCGGAUCGCGCACAUGGAUGUAAGACUGGAUUGGGAGGCGGCACUAUUAGACGAUCAAGUCACUUAUCUUUUCAGUCUUGAGCAUGGCCACAGUACGUCGAGUUUUGGAGGCAGAUGUGCAGCUCUGAAUGGAGUGCCUAGUGCCGUUGUGGAGCGUGCUGAAAAUAUCUCCCAACUGCUUGCACAGAAUGAAGACUUGGGAGCAGUUUGUGCUGGUCUAUCCCCAGUAGAGAUGGAACGGUUGGAGGAAGCAGAGGUGACAGCACGACUGUUUCUGAACGAAUCUUUCGGUGACGAGGAUGAAGUGGAAUCGAACGAGGGCGAAAAUGGCACCAGGGAUUCCAUUGAGGAUAUAUUGGAAGCUAUAAUCUCACCAAACACUUGA